GCCAGGUUUUUCGCGAGCACGAUCGAUCCCACGGCCAGGAAGAAGGGACCUCUUAAGCCAUGGCGUCAGGAUGGUACUGUGGCAAGUGCGGUUUCUUCAACUACGGGCACCGUCGCGUCUGCCGCCAAAGUGGAUGUGAUGGGCGCAACCCAGUUCAAGCAGUUCGGCCUGAUCAGAGUUACUGGCCACAGUACUCGGUGCCAGGCGGUGUGUGGUAUCAAGGGCCUCCAGCGCUUCGACAGAGUGAUGGAGGCAAAGGAGGAGCGCGAGAUGUGGAUGGCCACGUCGGAGGAGCAGUUCGCCGUUCUGGGUCAAAGCUUGUCGCAGUCGCACAGAGAUCAGCUCGCCCACGCUCGUGCCAUGGCCAACUUCGGGCUGCAGGGCGCGCAGGCGGAGGCGCAGCAGGCAAAUCUACAGAUUGGGAAGUUCUCGCAGCAGGUGCUGCACCAGAAGCAGAGGCUCGCGAAGCUGGAAGAGCAGGCGCAGCAGGCGAUCAUGGCGGCGGUCGAGGCCAAGCAGCAGUUGCAGGAGACGGAGAAGCAGCUGCGCGAGGCCAAGCGGCGCGCGGCGGAGCACCUGGGGCCCCAGGGGCUGGCGCAGCAGGUCGCGACCGACGCGAUCGAGACGCCGAUCAAGGAGGCGCUGGGCAAGUUCGAGCAGGCGGUGCCGUCGGAGAUUGCCCCGCAGCUGCAGGGCGCGGUCGCUGCGCUCAGGGCGGCCAUGGAGGCGGUGGCGCAGCAGGCCGCGGCGGCGAUGCAGGGGGAGCCGCCUGGGGGCGCCGCGGCGCCAGGCGGCGCCGGUGGCGCCGCCGCCGCGGGCGCGGGAGCGGGCGCCGCCAGCGCGGGAGGCGCUGGCGCUGGUGCCCCGCCGCCAGGCGCCCAGGGUGCCGCAGGCAGCGGCGCCGACGCGUCGCGCGACGUCAAGAUGGUGGAAGCUGAUGGUGGUGUGCUUCUUGACCUUCGCUCUCAGCUGGAGUCCGAUGGCAAGCUCAAGGACCCCGAAGUGCGGGCCACCAUCCAGAGCCUGUUCAGCAAG